CCUGGGGGAGGCGGUCCCCAUCCACGGCCGAGGAAACUUCCCCACUCUGUCCGUGCAGCCGCGGCAGAUCGUCCAGACUGGAGAAAACUCUGAUUUGUGCUGGUUUGACUUCAAAUGUUUGAACUGGACACGUGCCAUGGCCCCUCCACAUUUCCAGCCACUUCUACACACUGGCUGGAUCACAUUUCACUUCUCCUGGCAUGUCUCUUAAUGGCAAAAUAAAUGCCAUGAUAGAAUUUCAGAAUGAACAUAUAGCGUCUUCCGAAGUCUUUUUAUUCUGCUCAAAUCUGCCAUAUAUAUUUUUAAGUGAAUCACAUGACAACGAAGCUUGAUGAUGUAGUUUUGCAUCACAAGAGGUAUGUCUGAGAGUGUGGACCUUUGUCCCAUUGCAAGGUUGGAGGGAUACACCGGCUGCAAUAACAUCCACUGCAGCAUCACGAAGUUCUAGAGUCCAAGAUGUGACAGGGCUGUAACUGUAGGUCAGAGAUAACGAUGCUCUGGUCUCAACUUCAAAGGGAGGGACACACUGUACCUCAACUCCUUGCACACCCCCCCACCCCACACACACUUUUUUUUCUUCUAUUUUUUUCAAGGAAUGAUUAGGACUUGGCAAGAUUUGUAACGCUAGCAGAGGCCUCCCUGUGCUUCCACAGACGGGGCUUAAUCUCUCACUUGUAAUCAAGUGUGUCCGGCUACCUGUCGUCAGAGGCCAGCGGGAGGAAAGGUGUCAACUGUAGGCCAAACCCUGAAUGUGGCUCCGGCUGCGCUGACCGAGCGCAUGAACGCCACAAUAUUAUUGCUUCUGAUUGGAAUUUGAACCUCAUCUGCACCACUUUAUGGCUGAAUGGUUACAAUGCUAUUACUGCCAAGUGAUGCAGUUAUGAUCUUAUCUGUUCACACUCUCCUGGCUGGAGGGUUGACUUGCCUUUUUAUAAAAUGUUUGUAUGCAGUAUGUAUAAAUAGAGCCAGAUUGUUAUCUGAUCACCAUGGGAGAGAGUUAACAGACUCUAAUCUGAGAGGUCGUGGCUGUGGGGAGAUUUAGGAUUUUGUUAGUGUGUGACAACUAUUUGUACUUCAGGUUUUACGUGUUUGAACAGCAAAUUUAUUGUCAGGCAUUUGUUUGUUUUUGUUGGUCUGCUACGUGCAUUGGUGCCUUCACUGAGUAAAUAUUUAACAUCUUAAAUGAGUUGUCGAGGUGGCUGCCGCUCAGAUGGAGCAGCGGGUCUUCCUCUAAACGGAAGAUCGGUGGUUCUAAUCGAGCUGCUAUAUAAAUCCAGUCCAUCAUACCAUUCAGAUCUUAGUUUCCUCUUAACGCUUUGAUUGCUUCCAAAUGUUUUGAAAACAAUAAUAAAGUGUUUAUGGCACGUGUCAAGUAUAUUUUCCCUUCAGGUGACUAAGCUGACUAUGUUUGUCUUAUUUUAGACACAUUUCCCCGUUGUGACUGCUAGCAGUGAUGUUGGCACAGCAUGUUCAGCUGUAGAUCAUCCUCUAAUGUGGCCGCACUGAGCCGAGACAGUUUAAAUGGGUCACUGGGACAAAGAAGGGAAUAGCCACUGACCCUUCAUGACCUGAGGUCAUGACGUUGAGCCUGAAGUUUUUUUUUCCUUUUAAGGUUACACAUCAAUGGUCCUGCCACUGGUGUGCACUUUUAGGAUUAUAGAUCUGUUUGUGAUGAGAUAAGACAAUCUGACACAGUAGUAGAUUGACCUGGAGCAUAGAGUUCUGCUGCGCUUCAGGUUCAAUUCAAACUGUAGCUGGUGGUGGUUAAAUGGAUUUUUGUAAGCAGCAAUAUUGAUCUUUCCAUUAUGAGGUAUUGAUUUCCACUAGUCCCACGUCGAGUUUAUUUGCAACUAAGAGCAUAGUUUUUCAAUUUCUCUUUUUCCUCCAAAGGGAACCAGUGUAAAUUAAUGCAUUUCCUUAUCAUGCUGUGUCUCUGUCUCAUCUCUGUUCAGGUGGUGCGGGCGAGGCUGGAAGAGAGGGGUGUGUGCGUUAAAGACGUGAGGCUGAACGGCUCCGCUGCCAGCCAUGUGCUCCAUCAGGACACUGGACUGGGCUACAAGGACCUGGACCUGAUCUUUGGCGUGUCGCUGAAAGACGACCAGGCCUUCCGUCUGGUGAAGGACGUCGUGCUGGACUGCCUGUUUGACUUCUUGCCAGCCGGAGUCUCGAAGGAGCGCAUCUCGGCACUGACCCUCAAAGAGGCCUACGUACAGAAACUAGUGAAAGUCUGUAAUGACACGGACCGCUGGAGCCUCAUCUCGCUGUCCAACAACACUGGCAAGAAUGUGGAGCUAAAAUUUGUGGACUCUUUGCGGCGGCAGUUUGAAUUCAGCGUGGACUCCUUCCAGAUUUGCCUCGACUCUCUGCUGUUGUUCGACCGCUGCUCAGAGACGCCCAUGUCUGAGAGCUUUCACCCCACUGUAAUCGGCGAGAGUGUGUACGGGGACUUCAAGGAGGCCAUGGACCACCUGUGUCAGAGGACCAUAGCAACGCGCAGCCCGGAAGAAAUCCGAGGGGGCGGCUUAUUGAAAUACUGCCACCUGCUGGUCCGAGGGUUCACGCCGACGUCGGAGUCUGACAUGAAGCACUUGCAGCGCUACAUGUGCUCGCGCUUCUUCAUUGACUUCUCUGACAUCGGAGAACAGCAGAGGAAACUGGAGGCCUACCUGCAGAACCACUUUGCUGGGAUGGAGCACAAACGAUACGAGUGCCUGAUGACCCUUCACCAAGUGGUGAACGAGAGCACCGUGUGUCUGAUGGGCCACGAGCGGCGCCAGACGCUCAGCCUCAUCUCCAUGCUGGCGCUGAAGGUGCUGGCGGAGCAGAACGCCAUCCCCACUGUAACGAAUGUCACGUGCUACUACCAGCCGGCUCCGCACGUGCAGGACAUCAACUUCAGUAAUUACUACAUUGCACAUGUGCAGCCGCCACAGUGCAGUAAUUCAUAUCGGACGUGGCUGCCCUGUAGCUGAACUGGCUGGAGGUGGACUGAAGAUAAUUAAAGAAAAUUGAAAAAAAAUGAAACUCAUUCAUGCCAAAUGUGACUUGACAAUCCUGUACUGCUGUACAUCUGAUUGAGCCGACAUACAUUUUUCUCUUGCAAAACAUCUGUGCGAUUGCUGGUCAUUUCUGAGAUGUAGCGAUAUCAUCUUUAAGUAUUAAAGUCUUUAUGAAGCUUUAUAUAUGUCAAAUUAUUUUUUUUGAAGAAACGAACCUUGAAGCUGGUGAUAUUUUCAUAGUCUGGCUUUAUUAUUAUUAUUUUCUUUUUUUAAAUGACAUACUGGACCAAAGAUGUAUUUGUUGUUCAGAAAGGGAAUGUUGUUAUGAUUCCAAGUGCCUAAAAUGAUCCUUGACAUGUUCUUAAAAAAAAAUAAACAUCUGUAAAGUGAGAACUGUGCAUUCAGUGUUUACUAUAGUACU